ACCCACAGGUGGUCCUUCUUGCAAAUGCGGCUUAUGUGCAUGUCUUCGCGAUAUCUACCAGUAGUUUAUUUUACUUUCACUAAGAAGUACGGGCUAGUAGUACAGGGUGGACGAUUGUGACUGGUAGAUUAGCAAGUUUGAAGAAAAAUUGUGAUUUUUCUGCAGUUAUCUAUUCUACAGUGUUAAAGAAUUAGUUGAUUGUAGUUAUACGUGGAUAAUCCGAAAGGAGUAUUAUGAAAUAACAAUAAAAUGCCUGCAAACAUGGAAAGUCUUGGAAAAAAAAUUAAUUUGUUAAUGAAUUCGUCAAUACUACAUGCAGCUGUAGACAAAUACAGACACUUUGUACGUUUGUGAAUAACAGACGACUUCUCAGAUGUUUUAAUGCCUGCCAUAUUAGAUUGUUAAAGUGUUAAAAAAUGUAUGCUGUUUGUUAUAUAUUUAAAUAAGUAAGCCAAAGAAGUGACACAUAAAGAAAUAGACUAAGAGAUUUAAAGUUAAGCAGAAAAGUACUCAAUAAUUUACAAUGGCUGUUAUUGCAAUACCAACCAUUGCCACAGCAGUCAAAGCGGGUAUUUCACUGAUUGGAGCUGGAAAAAUAGCAGUACUGCCAUUUAUUAUUGCUGCUCUCACGUAUUUCCAUUAUGAUCAAUUUGAUCCAGAAAAUCGACCAGUCGACAGGGAUCCAGAUGCAAAAUACGAUUUUAUAGUCAUUGGAAGUGGAUCAGCAGGAUCUGUGAUGGCCAACAGACUGUCUGAAAUUCCGGAAUGGAAAGUUUUGCUGCUCGAAGCAGGAGGACACGAAACCGAAAUAUCUGAUGUGCCGAUUUUAAGUCUAUAUUUACAUAAAAGUAAAUUAGAUUGGGGAUAUAAGACUGAACCGCAACCGACAGCUUGCCAGGCUAUGGUAGAGAAAAGAUGUAGUUGGACUAGAGGAAAAGUCUUAGGAGGCUCUAGUGUUUUAAAUACAAUGCUUUACAUUAGAGGAAACAAAAGGGAUUUUGACAGGUGGUCCCAGUAUGGAAAUGAUGGUUGGUCGUAUGAAGAAGUGCUGCCAUAUUUUAAGAAAAGUGAAGACCAAAGAAAUCCGUAUUUGGCUAAAGAUACAAAACAUCAUGCAACAGGUGGAUAUCAAACAGUACAAGAUUGUCCGUAUAACACACCUUUGGGAAUAGCUUUUCUUGAAGCAGGUCAAGAAAUGGGUUAUGACAUAAGGGAUAUAAACGGAGAAAAACAGACUGGGUUCGCAUUAUGGCAAAUGACUAUGCGUCGUGGUACCAGAUGUAGUACAGCAAAAGCGUUUUUAAGACCCAUUAGACUACGACAGAAUUUCCAUCUAUCAUUGUGGAGUCACGUAACAAAAAUUUUAAUUGAUCCUACAUCUAGAAGAGCAUAUGGGGUCGAGUUUAUUAAAAAUGGACAAAAACGCACGGUUUUAGCAAAAAAAGAAGUCAUUCUAUCAGCAGGCGCCAUCAACAGUCCCCAACUUUUAAUGCUAAGUGGAAUUGGACCAAUAGAACAUCUCCAACAACAUGGAAUUCAAGUAAUUCACGACUCCCCAGGAGUUGGAAAAAAUUUGCAAGACCAUAUCGCUGUACCAGUCACGUUUGUUAUAGAUCAUCCUAUCUCUCUAGUCAUAAAUCGGCUGGUGAAUUUAAAUACGGCAAUCAGAUAUGCAGUGAAAGAGGAUGGUCCUUUAACUUCGUCGAUCGGAUUGGAAACUGUUGGUUUUAUCCCGACGAAGUAUGCUAAUCAAUCCGACGAUUGGCCUGAUAUGGAAUUCAUGAUUCUCAGCACAACAAUUGCAGCUGAUGGAGGAACUCAAGUUAAACGCGCACAUGGAGUUUCUGAUGAAUUCUAUAACGAAGUUUACUCCGACAUCAACUAUAAAGACACAUUUGGAAUUUUCCCCAUGAUGCUUCGUCCGAAAUCUCGUGGAGAAAUCAAGCUUCGAUCGAAAAAUCCCCUUGAUUAUCCUCUUCUUUACCACAACUAUUUAACGCAUCCACAUGAUGUAAAUGUGCUGCGUGAGGGCCUUAAAGCCGCAAUAGCGUAUGGAAACACUCAAGCUUUGAAACGAUUUGGAACGAGAUUUUACGAAAAACAAAAUAAAGUACCAAACUGUAAACAUUUACCACCAUACACUGAUGAGUACUGGGAUUGCUUUAUCAAGCAGUAUACUCUAUCAAUCUACCAUUAUUCAUGUACAGCUAAAAUGGGGCCUAUAGAAGAUCCCUAUUCCGUAGUAGACUCGCAUUUGAGAGUUUACGGAGUAUCUGGACUGAGAGUUGUCGAUGCCUCCAUUAUGCCCAUGAUAACAAAUGGCAAUAUCAAUGCCCCUGUUAUAAUGAUAGGUGAAAAGGGAGCAGACUUAGUUAAGGGUUACUGGUUGGGGAAGGGAAAGAGACUAAAAAGAGAUCUGCAAGACACCAUUGAGCCAGUACUGAGGUUUAAUGCUAGGCUGAGAGAUGAGGGAAAUUUGACUAGAAUCGUAGUAUAUAAUACCACACCAGGAGAAAAAUUUGCGAUAAGAUAUCCUCCAUAUAAUUGGCAACGAUUUACGCGAAGUAGAAGCGAAAAUGAUUGUUCUAUCCCGCAAUACGAGUACUAUUUGAAGCACAAUUUGUAUAUUAAAAGUGCAGUGGAGACUCAAAACUUAUUAGGGCUUCAAACGAAAAACGUAACAUUUCGGAACUACACUCCCAAAAGUCUAUCUCAAGAAGUCAACAUGGAAUUGCAGAAGUUUAAAUUCAGACUUAAAGUUAGGUGCACACUAGUCAUGCCAUUAUUCGCAGUAGCAGGACAAGUAGCCAACUAUGCCGUUGGAUUGUCUUUCAAUCCUCUGGCCAUAUUAGGUCUAGUUCCAGUUUUUGCAGCUGGUCUUCUAUUUAUGCAGUAUGUGUCAGUUGAUCCUGAAUCACAUCCUAUCAACGUAGAUAAGAUUAGCCCAAUAUACGAUUUUAUAGUAGUAGGAGGAGGGUCUGCAGGGGCAGUAGUAGCCUCGCGACUAUCCGAGAUCGAAAAUUGGAGCGUUUUGCUUUUGGAGGCAGGAGGAGAUGAGAAUGAGGUGUCUGACAUACCAACUUUAAGCGGGUAUAUGCAAAUGUCUCAAUUUGAUUGGAUGUACCAAACAACACCGCCAACCGAUUCCCCUUAUUGUUUGGCAAUGAUUGGAGAUCGAUGCAAUUGGCCUCGGGGAAAAGUUCUUGGCGGCUCAAGUGUUUUAAACGCAAUGAUCUACGCUCGCGGAAAUCGUCACGAUUACGACCAAUGGGCGGAACAAGGCAAUCCUGGAUGGUCCUAUGAAGACAUUCUGCCAUACUUUAUGAAAUCGGAGGAUAACCGAAAUCCUUAUUUAGCGAAUAGUGCCUAUCAUGCCACUGGGGGUUAUUUAACAGUCCAAGAGUCACCGUGGAGAACGCCGCUGAGUAUAGCAUUUCUGCAGGCCGGUAAAGAAAUGGGCUAUCAAGUUCGAGACUGUAAUGGAGAGAUGCAGACUGGAUUUAUGUUAUCUCAAGGUACAAUUAGAAGAGGUUCAAGAUGCUCCACAGCUAAAGCUUUCCUUCGUCCAGUUCGAAACCGCUCAAACCUGCAUGUCGCGCUAUAUUCGCAGGUGACCAAAGUGAUGAUCGAUCCAAAGACUAAAAUGGCGUAUGGAGUGAAAUUCAUCAGAAACAAUAGUCCGCAAUUCGUGAAAGCAAAGAAGGAGGUGAUUUUGAGUGCUGGAGCAAUAGGAAGCCCUCAUAUUCUGAUGUUAAGUGGAGUAGGACCUAAAGAAGAUUUAGCAGAAUUUAAAAUACCGGUUAUCAGUGAUCUAAAAGUGGGAUACAAUCUGCAGGAUCACAUUGGAUUGGGAGGUCUUACUUUUAUAGUGGAUGAUCCCGUCACUUUCACAAAAAACAGAUAUCAAACGCUGCAGGUUGCCAUGGAAUAUAUUCUAAAGGAAAGAGGACCAAUGACAUCAUUGGGUGGUGUGGAAGGUUUGGCAUUUGUAAAUACAAAAUACGCACCGGAAUCGGGCACUUGGCCGGAUAUCCAGUUCCAUUUUGCACCGAGCAGUAUUAACAGUGAUCCCGAUCAGGUUCGAAAGAUAACUGGUCUACGCGACAGCAUAUAUAACACUGUAUAUAAACCGUUGAAAAAUGCUGAAACCUGGACAAUUCUUCCGCUCUUGCUACGUCCCAAAAGCACUGGAUGGAUUCGACUUAAAUCCAAAGACCCCAAAGUGCACCCGGAUAUCAUUCCAAACUACUUCACUCAUAUAGAAGAUAUUCAAGUAUUGACGGAGGGUAUUCGGAUAGCUCUCAAUGUAUCUGCUUCAAAAGCUUUUCAAAGAUUCGGAUCCAGGCCGCAUAAAAUACCAUUUCCGGGUUGCCGAGAUUACGCGUUUGAUACCGAUGAGUACUGGGAGUGCAGUAUGCGACAUUUUACUUUCACGAUUUACCAUCCCACAUCUACGUGUAAAAUGGGUCCGGCGUCUGAUCCAGAUUCAGUAGUUGAUCCAAGACUCAGAGUGUAUGGAAUUGGAAAGUUGAGAGUAGUGGAUGCUUCCAUUAUGCCGACGAUUGUAAGUGGAAAUACCAAUGCGCCCACAAUUAUGAUCGGCGAAAAGGCGAGUGAUUUGAUUAAGGAAGAUUGGGGUAUACGAACAAUUAAUUGAGCUGAUGAAUAGUUUAGUUACAUUAUAGAAUUAUUUUUUUAAGAGCGUGGCCAUACGACAUAGGUUUAUAAGGGCAACAUGCUGUAUAUCUAUUAAGAAUUCAGUAAGAAAAUGUACAGCAUAAUCAAUAAAUAUUGAAUAAAAUUAGCAAUUUUCUAAAGUUUGAUAAUGCCAGAGAAUAAUUAAUGCAAUAAGCAUUUAAAGUUUAAUGACUUUUUCACUCAAUAAUUUGUAAAUAAAAUGUAUAUAUGUUUAAAUGUAUAUAUAUUUAAA